ACUUAAAGGGACGCUUUUUGCUGGUAUAUGCGAACCAAAAUCGUUCCUUGCAAUUGUCAUAACUGUGCAUCGAUGGUAGGUGGAAGAUGCUGCGCAGGGUUCUUCCUAAAAUUUUCUACUCAUUGGUCGUCGUGCCGGAGUUAAGGAGGGUGGCUGCUCCGGGUUUGUCAUCGGCCGCUUUCAACUAUCCUCCUGUUGCUUCACGUAAGGCGGUUCCAGAACCCUACUUCCUUCAGUGUCAAGUAGUCAUCUAAGACGGUGUUUGCCAUCUGUGCCACAAAGGUGUAAAGUGGGUGAUCAAAGUAGACAAGGAUGCAAUGAUCAAAUUUUGUUGUCUUCAGUCGAAGGCUGCUGAGCCAUAUCUAUUAUUUUGUGGUGUUAAUAAAGAGGAUUUACAAAUGCGAAUGUUGUUCGUUGAGAGCCCUGACGGAUACUUUGGAGGAUCUGCAGCUGCUCUUAAGGUUGCUUCAUACCUGCCAUUUCCAUAUUCGGCCAUAAGUGCUUUGCUUCUUGUACCUGCACCAAUUAGGGACGCUGCCUAUGACUAUAUUGCAAAGAGGAGAUAUGAUUGGUUUGGGAAGGCAGAUGAGUGCAUUGUGAUGAAAGAAAGGGAAUUUCUUGAGCGUUUCAUUGAUAGGGAUGAGAUGAUGAGAGGGGGUCCAAAUGAUUUCUGAUUUAUGUGACUUUUUUUUUAAUAAAAUUCUGGACAGAUAAUUUGGAGCUGUUCUGUUUUUUUAUUUAAAAUUAAUUCAAAUUAUUUUAAAAAGUA